GAAAAAGAACGCUAUUCACUGAGCUUCGAUGCAGAAAGCGAGGUCGACGAAGACGAGGCUGGCCGCGUUGAAGAACAUACCAACGACGUGAACGAUGAGUGGGUUGAAAGAACGGAGGAGAAAGAUGACGAUGAGGAGGAUGGAAACAGAGUUGCCGAGCAUACAGAGAAAGCUGUUAAUAUGCGUAGCCACAAAAUAGCCAGGAGAUUUACCGGGGACGUGCCAAAUUUACCAAAAGCCGAAGAGAUGUCCAAACAGGUGUAUUUUCAUUUUCAAACCAGAGCAUGUGAUGACAAUGGGACUGUCAUUGAUGACAGUCGUAAAAUGGGAAAACCAAUGGAACUUGUUUUAGGCAAGAAAUUCAGAUUUGAAGUAUGGGAAACUAUCGUUCAAAUGAUGGCUGUGAAUGAGGUUGCGAAAUUCAAAGUAGAUAAAAGUCUUGUAUCAGGCUAUCCAUUUGUUUCUAAAACAUUGCGUGAUGUAGGAAAACCUGAGAAUCAGCGUCAGCAUCAUUGUUGUGGACUGACCUUGCAAAAUGAAGGCAUUGGCUAUGCAGAUUUAAAUCAAUUAAUUAAAGAGCCGUGUGACUUGGAAUUUAUUAUAGGUAUUGAAAUUUUGUUGAUGUUUUUUUUUUUUUGACUUGUAAGUGUAAUAUCUCCUGAAGAAUAUGAAAAAGAAUCUUGGCAAAUGAGUGAAGAAGAAAAAUUGAGUGCUGUACCAUUACUUCGCGAACAGGGUAAUAACUUGUAUCGGGACAAGAACUAUGCUGCUGCAGCUGCCAAAUACGCACAAGCUAUUGGAAUGUUAGAACAAUUGAUGUUGAGUGAAAAACCUGGUGAUGAGGAGUGGAAAGCUUUGGAUCAGAUGAAAGUACCUCUUUUGUUAAAUUUUUCUCAAUGUAAACUUCUUGAAAAAGACUAUUAUGCUGUAAUUGAACACUGUAAUACUGUUCUUAAAAGUGACCCAGGAAACGUGAAGGCCCUUUUUAGAAGAGCUAAAGCUCAUGUUGGUGCAUGGAACCCACAAGAAGCACAAGAUGACUUUGAUGAAGCAUUGAAACUUAAUCCUUCUUUAAAUGCUGUGAUAAAAAAAGAAAUGAAAGCUCUUGAGGAACUUAGGAAACAGAAAAAUGAAGAGGAUAAAGCUAAGUUGAAAGGAAAAAUGUUUUGAGUUAUUAUUUUAACUUUGUAUAUUUUAUAUUUAUUUAUUGUUUUCAAAUACAUGUAUUUUUGUUAAAACUGAUACUUUUAUAUUACAUUGUACUUUUAUAGUGCUUAGAUAUUUGCCUUUUAUCUGUACUUCCUUUUAAAUAUCUUAAAUCAGAGAAGGUAUGAAAAAGUAGAUUUUUGUGUGACAGUGUUUAUGGUUUUAAUGUAUGUAAUGUGUGAUGUAGUUUGAAAUUGUUUUAAUGUUGUGACACAUUUAUUUUUAUUUAUAACUUUCAUUGUACUCCCAGAAUUGUUAUUCUUAACUUACGUACUUUUAGAAAUUAUUGAGAGAUCAUCUGAGCUGGAUCUCAAAGGAUCAUCUCUUAACCGUUUGAAUGUACAUUAUCUAAGAAUUGUAUGCAAGGAUAGAUUUUAUGUAAAUGCUGAUGACAGUAUGUAAUUGAAAGAAACUGAUAUGAAAAAUAGAGACUAUGUAUACAUUCUAAUUAUUCUACAUUUUGUUUAGUUGUAUAAUCCUUUGUAAUCCAUCAUCCUUUUACCCUUGCAUACCUUGUAC